CCCAGCUCGCUAGUGGCAAGAGUUUUCAAGGCCCGAUACUUUCCUAACAACUCGUUUUUGGAGGCCGAAUUGGGGAGACAGCCCAGCUACUGUUGGAAAAGUAUUCUUUCAGCCCAAGAAAUUCUUCGAAGCGGUAUUCGACGUCGUAUUGGCGAUGGACGAGAGACACAUCUUUGGGGUACUCCCUGGCUCCUUGAAGAAGUUAAUCCUUACCCAAGCAUGGCCAGACGCGUGGAGAAUGAAGAUCCCUUAGUGGCUGAUUUUAUUGACUUUGAUUUAAAUUCUUGGAAUGUAGCAAAGCUGGAACAAUACUUUGACGCUGGUGAAGUGCUGCAAAUUCGCAGGGUUCCUAUUAAUACUAGAAGGUCCGAUGGAUGGUUCUGGAUUAGGGACUUCCGGGGGGCUUAUACGGUGAAAAGUGCUUACAGAUGUUUGAUGGGAGAUGCUUCUGUCGUGUCCUCUUUUUCAAACUGGGGAAGAUUUUGGCGGAUUCCGGUGGCCCCGAAAGUUCUUGUUUGCUUGUGGAGGGCCAUUCGAGGUAUCUUGCCCACGCGGGAUGCUCUCAUUUCUAAGAGAGUGGAGGUGGAUGGGGGCUGCCCUCUCUGUGGAGGAGCUCUCGAAACAGUUGAUCAUAUUUUUUUGUUUUGUCCUUUUGCAGAUUCGGUUUGGAGGCUCAUGAGCAAAGGAGGUAAUAGAAUCUCUUUUAUCUCUUUCCAAAACUGGUUCCAAGUUCGGUGUCAGAAUGACACUUUAUUGGAGCUGCGUACCGUCGCUUUGACUUGCUGGGCAAUUUGGAAAGCACGUAACAUUGCCAUUUGGGAUCAUAAGACACUGCAUCCAGGAGAGCUCAAGAAUAUGGUGUCGUCCAUGGAAGCCCAAUGGUCAAACAAGACUAUUGCAGAGCGGGAGCGUACUCCACAGCGGCACGAGGUAAGUUUGCGGGCAGAGGCAUACAGGUGUUUUUUUGAUGCUGCGACAUCAGUUUCGGAGGAGUCCAUCUCCUUUGGCUGUGUCCUUUUUGAUCCAGGAGGUGCCUUUGUGGCAGCGGCAAAUGGAGGAAAACUUGGGCCUCUAGAUCCUCUUUUGGCAGAAGCUCUCGCUUGCAAGGAAACAUUAUCUUGGUUGCGGAAUCGAGGAUUAUGGAUUUUAUGGGGUGGAGAAGGUGGGUGGAUUACAGUUAGAUUGGGCUCUCAUUACUUCUUUAGUAGAGGAUGGAGACCCGAGACCCAUUCAUUCCAUCUUCCCUUUGGAGAGGUGGGAAUUACACUGCAGGAUGUUGAGGUUUUACUUGGAUUGCCCGUUGAUGGCAUUCCAUUGUCGGGGGGCACUAGUCGAUCAAGAGAUCAGUGGAUUCAGAUUUGUCAUGACAUGAUGGGUUUUAGACCUGAACCAUCUGAUAUUACGUCUUCUACGAUUAAGAUAUCUGCAAUUGAUCCACAGACGCUGACAGAGCACAGUGUAGAAGUUGAUUACCAACAGCAUGUUAGAGCUAUCAUGUUUAAGUUGAUGGGUGGUAGCUUAUUUCCCAACACGACGGGAAAUAAGGUUAGUUUGUAUCUAUUGGAGGUAAUCAUGGGCGACUCUGUGCUGGUGCGGGGUCAUGCCAUAGGUGCUGCGGUUCUUAGUUUCUUACCUAGGGGCAUUGUACCAUUGGAGCAGCUGGUUAAUGUUCCAUAUGGAGUCAGAUGGGUGUGUUAUCAUCGGUGGUCAGAUUGUACGACACACUCCUUACGAGCGUACAGGGACCAGCUAGAUAGGUUGCUCGAGGGAGAGUUUGGUGCCCUCCAACGUGUUCCUGCGGAUGUUGUGUAUGAUCGACACCUACACAACAUUAAGUCGAUGACUAUGGAGCUCGGUGACAAUGAGAGACAUUAUUUAGGUGUAUGGGAGGGACGUUACGCUGCAAAUGUACGGAUGGAAUUUGGGAUGUCGGAUGCCACGCCAGAGUAUCGUCAGUGGUAUUACCUCCAUGGUCGCACACAGAUAGGAAACCCUGCUCAUCAGCCCGGAACAGGCUACGUCCCCAUUUCUCUUGAGCUACAGACCGCAAUUGCCAUCAUCGCCUUGAUCCAGCAGCAACCAGUAUACAAUCCAAGCCAUAUUCGGAGAAGGGCAGAUAGAAGACGAGAUGCACCUCGUGUAGGGGUUAGGCGUGGCGGGCGGGGUCAGCGCAGGUUGCAAGUCGAGGGAGAAGAGGUUAAUACCCCCGUCGAUUCCCCCCGUAUGUCCCAGGACGAGGAUGCCACUGAAGAUGACUAUGUUGAGAGCGAAACCCACACGCCCGCUUGCACGGGUGAGCCAUCCACUUCAUAUACUCCACGAUUUGAGGUUCCAGAUCCUCCACAGCGUAUGUACCGUACGUCACCAGUCAGAGAACGAAAUUCAACCAAACAUAACAAGAAACAUCAGACAAAUACUUACUCCAGCAAAGAUCGGCCAAUGACUUCCUUCCAAGUCCGGCUCGUCGCCCCCCUGUUACUGCUAGUCGGGUCCUUUUGUUCGACCCGAAUCCGCGUAGCGGGAGAUUCGGGCGAUCUGAAUCUGCUGCAGAGAGGUCAGAGAGAGUUCGAUUACUUCAAGCUCGCUCUUCAAUGGCCCGGCACCGGUUGCAACAACACCAAGAAGUGUUGUUCCAGCAAUGGCUGUUGCCGCUCCGGCGCGAUUACUGGAUUCACAAUUCACGGACUGUGGGCAGAGUAUAAUGAUGGGACAUGGCCCUCGUGCUGUCAAGGUUCAAAAUUUGAUUCAAAUGAGAUCUCAAGUUUGCUGGAUGACUUGAAUAAGUAUUGGUCAUCUUAUAGAUGUGGUUCUACCACAACUUGCCAUGGUAGCAAGGGACCAUUUUGGGCUCAUGAGGUCUUCUGUCUUUUGAAAAAAUUAGCUUGAUUACAAAUGAUCGAGAAGCUCUCGAGUAGAUUCAGUUUACCAAGUCAACCAUACACUGACAAUUAAAACAAGUUACGGUAUAUACUUAAUACCGUAGUAUUUGUUUGUCAUGAAUCCACUGAUAUCAUUAAUUGACAAGAUAAUUGAUCUAUAACAAAGGAUCAGACAAUGAGUAGUUUGUGCCUCAGUCUAUGGGUGACGUGGUAGUCCGAGUCUACUAAAUAAUUUAUUUGAUG